GUGCUGAAAGGUCGCACGGUGCCGAGGGGGCUACCGAGGCCCAUCUACCGUUUCGAUCAGACGGUGCCCUGGGGCAAGUUCUCGGAGCUUAGGGCCGAGGCGUCGCAGGUCAUCGCCGACGAGGGGCUCGACGGGAUCCCGCGCGCUAGAGUGCGGGCUGACCUUGCCGACGCUCCCGAGAAUGACGAGGUCUGGGUCGUGUCGGAGCCUGUCUUCGACGGGGACCAGGAGGUGGCGAGGAUCAGUAUUCAGGUCGCUAAGGAGUCCGUGGCGUGCAAGCUCGGGAACCGCGGCUUCGCCAAGUUUGGCUCAGUCGUCGCGGCGCUCGAGCGAAUCAAGGUGGACGACCUCGAUGGCUACUUCGCGGGCCGCAAGUCCCUGCUGCUGGUGGGCCUGGGUGGCACUCACACGCCCGAGGAGCGUGAUGGAGGCCCUGGCUCGCCCACAGGGCUCCAGGCCCUGCGGGGGGCUCCUGCUGGCCCGCAGCUUCCUGGUGCGGGUGAGGAGCCUGACGAGAAGGCGGACGAGGAUGUUCGCACGCUGUCGGUGAAGUUCAAUGCCUUCAACCGCAGGGAGCGCGUCUGGGUGGACUCGGUCAAGGAGAUGGUCGAGGGCGCCUUCUCGGACUGGCCUUUGGAUGGUCCUCGCACUUUCUUGUGGCUGAUGAUGUCGUUUGCCCAGCUGGCGAUGGUGCUUACGUUCUGGCUAGAGCGCCAUCUCCAGACGGCGGGAUGGAGCGAGAACGAUCGCUCUAUUCACGAGAUGCGGGUGAUGGCGGAGGUUUUUGAACUGGCUAUCUCUUACGAUCAGCUUGACGUGGCUUCGCUCGCGGCCUUCGAGAGGUUGGGGCGGAGAUGGCAGGCUAUACUUGAGGCUCAUGGUAAGAACCCUAUGAACCCGAACUACGAGAUUGCUGAUAAGUUCUCGGGCUACAACCGCCGAGCACAGCUUGUGGCGCCGGCGCUUCGCACCUACGUGGCCAAGGAGGUGCGAGAGGAGGCAGAGAUCGACAAACAGACCAGCAAGGCCAAGGCUCUGAGGGACGAGGCCAAGGUCGCCCUCAAGCGCGGGAAGUCCACAGGGAAGGGCAAGGAGAAGGAGGAGAGCAAAGAUCAGUGA